AUGGUUGAAGGUAGAAAUCAGAAGCAAGAAAAAAAGCUAAGACUUCCAGAUAAUGUUUUACCAAUUAAAUAUAUUUUGACAUUUGAACCUAAUAGUACUUACUCAGAAUUCAAUGCUGAACUUGAUUUAGUUGUUCAGAUUAAAUCUGACUCUGAUGUUAUGGAAAUUAACUUGCACAAGGAUCACUACUCUGGGGUUAUCAACCCUGAAUUAUGUGAAGGUGUAUUUUCGGUUGUAGAUUAGAAAUUAAUUCCAAAAGAUACUACAUAAACAGAGGAGGUUAAUCAAGCUUUUAGAUUAGAAAAUACUUAAAUUUGCACACAAUUUCAAGAUAAAUUUGCCAGAAUGUUAAUGCCUUGUCUAGAUGAGCCCUAGUUCAAAGCAAUAUUUUAAGUCAAUGUCUUGGUCAAGGAAAAAACUCAUUAGGCUAUAUCUAAUUCAGCUUGCUGUAUUGAGUAGCUAAUAGAUGGCAAUAGACUUUAUAAGUUUGAGGACACACUUAAAAUGCCCACUUAUUUACUUGCAAUUGUGAUUGGGAAAUUUGAUACUCUUACCUUAACUACAAAAAGAGGAGUAUAAAUUAAGACAUAUACUUAAUCUGGCUUAUCAGAAGAUGCUAGAGAAUCUACUUAACUUGCUUGUGAAGCUUUUGAUUAUCUAGAGGAAUAUUUCCAGAUUGACUAUCCACUCCAAAAGGCUGACAUCAUAUCUUGCAAUAAAUUUUCAGUAGUAGGAAUGGAGAAUUGGGGUUGCAUCAUUUUUGACAGAUAUCUUAUCCUAGGAAAUUAAAAUAAUACCAACAAAGACUAGUUGUUCAAUAACUAUCGAACUUUAUGUCAUGAAGUAUGUCAUUAAUGGUUUGGGAACUUGGUAACUAUGUAGUGGUGGGACGAUAUCUGGCUUAAUGAAGGAUUCUCUAGAUAUAUGGAGCAUGUCAUGAUGGCCGACUUGAGACCAGAAUUCAAUGUAUGGCAAGAGUUUAUGGAUUAGAUGUACUUUGCUUCAAUUCAAUUAGAUUCAUUUUUAGAGAUUACACAUCCAGUUUAAUUGGAAGUAAAGGGAAAUGAAAAAUUCUAUGAAAUCUUUGACACUAUUUCUUACAAUAAAGGAUCUUCAAUAUGUAGGAUGAUUGAAGGAUAUAUAGGAGAUAAAAAUUUAUUUAGAGAAUGCAUGAGAGUCUAUAUGAAACAGUACUAAUACAGAAAUGCUAGCACAGCUGAGCUGUUUCAAGUUAUGAGUGAAGUUUCAGGCAAACCAGUGGCGAAGGUCUUUCACAAAUGGAUCUAGCAGCCAUGUUUCCCUGAAAUACUAGUAACAAAGGUGUCUGAAAAAUAAUACAAGCUAAGAUAGCAAUGUUUCAAUUCGUAGACUGAGGACUUAUGGAUAAUUCCAGUUAAUUAUGUCACCUCUAAGCAAAAAAUUGGGUAAUUUUUAAUUGAAAAUUAAGAUUUAAUCGUUGAUAUUCCUGAACUUGAAGCGGAUGAAAUGAUAUGGUUUAAUUAUAAUGCAUUUGGAUACUAUAUUUUAAGAUAUGAGGAUUAAAAUGAGUUCAACACAAUUUAUGAUUAAAGACAAAUAUUCGGGGGUCUAACUGUUUAUAGUAUCAAAGUCAAUAGAGAGAUGCUUUUGUAGUGA